GAAGAGCAGGAGCUGGAGCUCCGUGCCGCCCGUUCUCCCGCCUUCAUUUCCCAUCGUGCUGAGGCGGGUGGCAUGGCGGAGAAGGAUGACACCGGAGUUUGACGAAGAGGUGGUUUUUGAGGUUCGACCAGUGGGAAGGACCUGCAGAUCAGAGGAUGGAGGAAAGAGCGCCAGAGAGAAUUCUCCACUUUACCAAUACUUACAGGAUCUGGGACACACAGACUUUGAAAUAUGUUCUUCUUUGUCACCAAAAACAGAAAAAUGCACAACAGAGGGACAACAAAAGCCUCCUACAAGAGUCCUACCAAAACAAGGUAUCCUGUUAAAAGUGGCUGAAACCAUCAAAAGUUGGAUUUUUUUUUCUCAGUGCAAUAAGAAAGAUGACUUACUUCACAAGUUGGAUAUUGGAUUCCGACUCGACUCAUUACAUACCAUCCUGCAACAGGAAGUCCUGUUACAAGAGGAUGUGGAGCUGAUUGAGCUACUUGAUCCCAGUAUCCUGUCUGCAGGGCAAUCUCAACAACAGGAAAAUGGACACCUUCCAACACUUUGCUCCCUGGCAACCCCUAAUAUUUGGGAUCUCUCAAUGCUAUUUGCCUUCAUUAGCUUGCUCAUUAUGCUUCCUACUUGGUGGAUUGUGUCUUCCUGGCUGUUAUGGGGAGUUAUUCUAUUUGUGUAUCUGGUCAUAAGAGCUUUGAGAUUAUGGAGGACAGCCAAACUACAAGUGACCCUAAAAAAAUACAGUGUUGAUUUGGAAGAUAUGGCCACAAACAGCCGAGCUUUUACUAACCUUGUGAGAAAAGCUUUACGUCUCAUUCAAGAAACCGAAGUGAUUUCCAGAGGAUUUACACUUUUGCUUGACAGGGUCAGUGCUGCUUGCCCAUUUAAUAAAGCUGGACAGCAUCCAAGUCAGCAUCUCAUCGGUCUUCGGAAAGCUGUCUACCGAACUCUAAGAGCCAACUUCCAAGCAGCAAGGCUAGCUACCCUAUAUAUGCUGAAAAACUACCCCCUGAACUCUGAGAGUGACAAUGUAACCAACUACAUCUGUGUGGUGCCUUUUAAGGAGCUGGGCCUUGGACUUAGUGAAGAACAGAUUUCAGAAGAGGAAGCACAUAACUUUACAGAUGGCUUCAGCCUGCCCGCAUUGAAGGUUUUGUUCCAACUCUGGGUGGCACAGAGUUCAGAGUUCUUCAGACGGUUAGCCCUAUUACUUUCUACAGCCAAUUCACCUCCUGGGCCCUUACUUACUCCAGCACUUCUGCCUCAUCGUAUCUUAUCUGAUGUGACUCAAGGUCUACCUCACGCUCAUUCUGCCUGUUUGGAAGAGCUUAAGCGCAGCUAUGAGUUCUAUCGAUACUUUGAAACUCAGCACCAGUCAGUACCACAGUGUUUAUCCAAAACUCAACAGAAGUCAAGAGAACUGAAUAAUGUUCACACAGCAGUGCGUAGCUUGCAGCUCCAUCUGAAAGCAUUACUGAAUGAGGUAAUAAUUCUUGAAGAUGAACUUGAAAAGCUUGUUUGUACUAAAGAAACACAGGAACUAGUGUCAGAGGCUUAUCCCAUCCUAGAACAGAAAUUAAAGUUGAUUCAGCCCCACGUUCAAGCAAGCAACAAUUGCUGGGAAGAGGCCAUUUCUCAAGUCGACAAACUGCUACGAAGAAAUACGGAUAUAAAAGGCAAGCCUGAAAUACCAUGUGAAAACCCACAUUGUACAGUAGUACCUUUGAAGCAGCCUACUCUACACAUUGCAGACAAAGAUCCAAUCCCAGAGGAGCAGGAAUUAGAAGCUUAUGUAGAUGAUAUAGAUAUUGAUAGUGAUUUUAGAAAGGACGAUUUUUAUUACUUGUCUCAAGAAGACAAAGAGAGACAGAAGCGUGAGCAUGAAGAAUCCAAGAGAGUGCUCCAAGAAUUAAAAUCUGUGCUGGGAUUUAAAGCUUCAGAGGCAGAAAGGCAGAAGUGGAAGCAACUUCUAUUUAGUGAUCAUGUGUUUUCUUCAUAUAGCUUUAAAGUUAUGCUAUUGACAUUAUGGGAAAAGAUUUUAUCAAUGAGAGAAAUGUAUCUCUUUUUCAGCCGUGUUGAAAUCCUUGUCUCCUGUAGACCCAGUGGAACCCAUAAGUAAUUCAGAACCAUCAGUGAAUUCAGAUAUGGGAAAAGUCAGUAAAAAUGAUACUGAAGAGGAAAGUAGUAAAUCCACCACAUCAGACAAUGAAAUAAGUAGGACUGAGUAUUUAUGUGAAAACUCUCUAAAAGGUAAAAAUAAAGAUAAUUCUUCAAAUGAAGUCUUCCCCCAAGGAGCAGAAGAAAGAAUGUGUUACCAGUGUGAGAGUGAAGAUGAACCGCAAGCAGAUGGAAGUGGUCUGACCACUGCCCCUCCAACUCCCAGGGACUCAUUACAGCCCUCCAUUAAGCAGAGGCUGGCACGGCUACAGCUGUCACCGGAUUUUACCUUCACUGCUGGCCUUGCUGCAGAAGUGGCUGCUAGAUCUCUCUCCUUUACCACCAUGCAGGAACAGACUUUUGGUGAUGAGGAGGAAGAACAAAUAAUAGAAGAAAAUAAAAAUGAGAUAGAAGAAAAGUAAGCACCAAGAUUCAUAUAAAGUGAUUUUAGAUUGUUCCUUUUACAAAAGUGUUUAGCUUCAAGACUGGAAAGGGAAUAUGAGUGUAAGUUUACUAUAUAUAAAGCUAAGAUGUGGAUUUACAGGAAGAACCCUGGUUUAAAUAACUGAUCUGAAAUUAGUAGUUACCUGUAAAUGGCAGAUCUUUUAGGAAAAUAAGAGAAAGGUAAGGGCUCUUUUGAAUAAACUGCUGUUUUAUUUGUGGCACAACUGAUCAAUCUUGGAAAUUCUUUAAGUAUUUUUAAUAAGAAAUGAAUUAUCAUUUCUUGCCAGAAUUUGCUACCAUAAGGUGAUUGGGAAAAUUCUGUUGCAAGAACAUUAACAUUUAGUAUGACUCCUUUUUACUGUAUUCUUGCAGUUAAUAACUGCAGCUAUUAUGUUAAUAACAAGUUGUUUGUAUUUUAUUUUUGUUUAUACCAGUCUUAAAGAUCCAGGUUCUGAAUAAAAAAAUUAAUUGAUACAAUUGAUGUGUGCUGGGGUUUGGAACUAAAAGUAGUUUCAACAGUGCAUGGGUUAUGACAUUUCUUAUGUUUCCUUGUUCGUAUGUAUAUUUAGUAGUUAAUUUUAAGAUGUCCUAGUGAUCUUUAAAAGAAAAACAUUGUACGAUUUUUUAGAUUCACAUUUUCACCUUUCUUUCUGCAAUUGAAAGUGAUGAUGUCCAAGUGGGAUUCUUGUACUCCAAGGCCCCACCCCCAAUUUAGCAAGCAGAAAAAUAUUCCUUGUAUCACUUUACCUUGGAUAAUUGGGUACCAUUAACACAAACAGGUCACAAUGCUGCUGUUUUCGAGCCCUGUCCACCUUAAUGAGAUUCAGGAAACAUUCUGUCAGCCUGCUGGAAAGUAUCCUUGCCUCCUUAGUAUUUCAUUUACAAACUACCUCUUAACAGAGACUGCUUUUCAAAUUGGCCAAUCUCAUCUGUCUUGUAUUGUGAUUGCAUUUUCAAAGAGUAAUUAUUUGCAGCGUAUACAGUUUUGAGACCUGUAGCUCCUAUGCAGUACAUAGUUCUAUAGACAUUAUUUGGGGGAAAUGUAGGAAUAACUCAAUUUAUGUUGCUGUCCUAGAAAGGAAAUUGCAUGACGAAUCUAGAUUGUCUUUAGAGUAAAGAAACACAUUCAAAUUCCUGUAACUUAUCACUUUUAUUGAGUAAAUUUACUUAUACCGAAGGGGAUUUUUUUCUUUCAGGAAUCUAAGGAAAUUUACUUUUAAACCUGAGAAAAAACUUGGUUCUGCUUUAUAUAAAUAGUAGAGAUUAUUGUACUAUAAGUGAUUUUGCCUUUUUGCCAAAAUCCUGGAACUUAUCUAUAAUUAACCUCUUAGGAGCAAUACCUUAGGUUGGGCCUUGCUUUACUACUUAGAAAUAGCUAAAUAUCAGUUUUAAAAAUCUUUAUGUGUUAUAACUGUUAAAUUCUUCAAUAAUACUUAGGGUUUACUUUCUUAUUUAAAUCGCUUAUUUAGUUUACUGAUUUCUUUUUCUUUGGAUUUAGAAGAGGCAAUUAUGGAAAAAUUUGGUAAUCUCUCUCUUAACCUAUAACCUUACACAGGGAAGAAUUAGAGUUUAAUAAAUUUUAAUUAUUUUAUUGUAUGUUAUUUUUAUUACACAAUUGUAAUAGCUAUGCAGUUGAAAUAGCUGUGCAAUUCACACUUAAUUAGAAAAUAAAGCUACAAAGUUUGGGGGAAAUAUCUUCAUAAUAUUGUAUCAGUUUUAUUCAGUGCUCUCUAAGGUGAUACUUUUUUAAUUUUGAAAGACUAAAUAAUUUUAAUCAACAAUUUCCAGUCUUUCAGUCUGAUCUGUUUCAUUCACUACUUGUUACAUAAUCCAGUGAAAACUCUACUUAUUGAAAUUAUGACAUAAAGAUCUUGCAGCUUUAUUUGAAUAUUCUUUUGUGUAGUUUUCAUCUUUUAAAGUAUUUAAAAUAUUUUCUAGAUAAAGUAUUAUCUUCUCUGCAAAAAUUCCUGGAGUAAUUUUCUCUCAUAAUAUUUGAAGUCAGUGUUUCUCGAUUGUAUUAGUGGGGUAACUACAUCAAAAUAAAUAAAGUCUUAUUUUUAAAAUGCAAA